AUGGCGGUGGAAAGUGGCCACUUCGACUCCCUCGAGGCUGUCCUCCUGGUCGACAAUGACCUCGACCCGAUGUCGACCAUUGCACCCGAUACAGUCCAGGUCUCAGGCCUUAUGCGUACGCUAGCCACGCAAUCCCCGCACGAGAUCUCGGAUCGCGGGAAUGCACACAAGGAGCUCCAGAUGGAAGAUAUUUGUUGUGCUGCGCAUGGUCUGUCCAUUCUUGUGAAAGCUACUAAGAACGGCAAAAGCCAUACCCUGCUGUUUGACGCGGGACCCGAAGGUAACGUGUGGGAGCGCAACGUCAAGAGACUACGACAAGACUUGUCUUCCGUGGAGUUGGUCCAGUUAUCGCACUGGCAUCGGGAUCACUCAGGGGGCCUGACUCGAGCUAUCCAGAUGAUCACAGAGGCUCGACAAGCACAUGGUACUGCAGGCGAAUUGAUAGUCGACCUGCAUCCAGAUCGUCCAGAUUACCGAGGCAUGACCAUAGGGGACGACAUCAUCUCCCUUCAGGCUGAUCCGACGUUUGAGGAACUGCAAGCAGCGGGCGGGGCCAUCGACAAGCGGGCUGAAGGACAUACAGUCCUCGAUGAUUACUUCUUCAUCUCAGGGGAGAUACCCCGGCGGACCUCCUACGAGACGGGCUUGAGAGGCGGUAUGCGGUUCAGUGCUGAGGAGAACGACUGGUUCUCCGAUGAGGUCAUCGCUGACGAACGGUUCUUGAUGUGUAACCUAAAGGGGAGAGGAAUCGUCAUUUUCACCGCGUGCAGCCACGCGGGGGUCGUCAAUUGCGCACGACAUGCGGUGGAAACCCUCGGCGGCUCCGUGCCUCUCCAUGCGGUUAUCGGGGGUUUCCAUCUCGCAACUAGCGAGGCAACACAGACAGAGAGUACCGUCAAGGAUCUGAAGAGACUCGAUCCAGCCGUUGUGCUGCCUGGACAUUGCUCGGGAUGGAGGGCCAAAUUUGCGAUUGAGAGACAUAUGCCUGGCACGCUGGUUCCGUGUUCUGUAGGGAUGAGAAUCACGUUCUGAUAUAUACCUACAAGACCUCAGUCUCAUGCAUGACCUGUUCGCAUUUUCGUCCUUAGGUUGAGGACAAUGCCAUAGCUGUGAUAUGUGAAUCCACACCAAGACGCAGACUCAGGUCAAGCUGUCGAUAUAUACCAUUUCACUAGGUCAAGCCGGCGCUGCUGUAUACCAGUACCUAGCCAGUGCAGAUGCGAAACACGAAGCAAAGGAAUUGGUCUAUUCUCGCUGAUGAGCUGAAAGAUUCGGAAUGAGCUAGACAGACAGACUCGCCCAUCUUGUUCUUCUCAAUGAUUAUCCAGGUACGGCCAGCCAUUGGAAUUAGAACGCGUGUUGCCGUCAACGGCCGUGUAUAUAUACAAAAUCCAUCGAAGCACAUGCAUCUGC